UUCCAAUUUCGUCAAUAAGGGUUGGACUCUCUACUUCAAUUUCAACAACAACCGUACAUGAUGAACUCUCCAACGUCGCCGGUAGUCCUCUUUGAUGACCUCAUCGUCGAAAUCCUAUCCUUUGUUCCUGUUAAAACUCUAAUGCAACUCAAGUGUGUUUGCAAAUCAUGGAACACCAUCGUCUCCAAUCCUUCCUUCGCCAAAUUGCACCUUCAGCGAUCUCCACGGAACACUCACCUCAUGAUAUAUACUAUCGAUUGCAGUGCUGUACUCUUCCCUCUAAGUAGUUUACCAGAGAAUCUGUUAACCGCUAUUCCCAAAUAUCCUCGUUACCCAUUCUUGGAUAUGUGUUGCUCUGAUUUGGUUGGUUCUUGCAAUGGAUUGAUAUGUUUGGUUGGUUAUUCUCGUCCUUAUGAAUGGCUCCGUUUCUGGAACCCAGCCACCAAUUCAUUAUCUGAUAUAUUAGGAUAUUCGUAUGGUUAUCGCAACCGGUUAACAUUUGGUUAUGAUUCUUCAACUGAUACAUAUAAGGUGGUUUCGUUAUCCGGCAAAAUUGUGAAUGUUUUUAGUUUGGGUGAUAAUGUUUGGAAAAAUAUUCAAAAUUUUCCUGUGGUUUCUUUUGAACAGUGUCAUCCUUGUGUAAACGCAGGUGUUCAUGUGAGUGGUACUAUCAACUGGUUGACUAUUCCAAAUAUGACUGAAUAUGAACAGAAGGAUAUUACUAUUGACCAAUUUGUGAUUGUCUCUCUUGAUCUCAGUACAGAGACAUAUCGAAAGUUGCUUCCACCUCAGGGUUUUGUUGAAGUGCCACCUGUUGAGCCUGCUGUUACUGUGUUGAUGGACUGUCUUUGUUUUUCUCAUCGUUUCAAUGGAACUCAUUUUGUUUUAUGGAAGAUGAUGGAAUUUGGAGUUCAAGAGUCUUGGACUCAAUUUCUUAAAAUUAGUUACCAAAAUCUUCACAUUAAAAGUCUUCGAAAUUAUUAUGACAUUAAUGAUUGGCUGAAACAUGAUUCUGAACUGUUCCUGUUUCCAUUGUGUGUUUCUGAGAGUAACCACACACUAAUAUUGGCAUGCAAACAACCAACAGGUUUUGGAGAGAUAAUAGAGCAUGCAAUUGUCUACAAUUGGAGAGAUAAUAGAGUGGAGCAAAAAAUAUUUGGGGAUAAAUUUAUGUGGUUUUGUGCUAAGGAUUAUGGUGAAAGUCUGAUUUCGACUUCUUGAAAGUAAGUUCCUCUUAGAUGGUGACCACAACCCCAAUUUCAAGCACAUCAUGCAUUAUAGAUGGUCGAUGGCAGGAUGAUAAGAAGAAAGGAAAAAAUAGGUUUAUUAGACAUUUAUGAUCUUCUUGAUGCCUCUUUUGGAUUUCUUUAAAAUAGUUUGUAGAAAUUUAUCCCAAAAUAUCUUUGUUUUUUUAACAACUGUACUCUUAUUUGUGUAAGGGCCCAUGAAAGUUUCUAA